AUGUUGUGGCGGUAUUGUACGACAAUUGAUGGACAUCAAAAAUUGUCCCAUCAGAAUUUGCUCCUACUGCUAAUUGCUAAUAUUCCGAUUUUUACUUGGGCUACCACCGAAUGGUUUGGCGAUCCAAGAGCAUACAUGAAUCCAGCUCGAUCACCACCAUUUUAUGAUGUUAUUUACGAUAUUGCUGAAUGUCCGGAUGGACUUGAAAGUGAAGCGAUACCAGAAUAUGCAUAUUUCGGGCCAAUGAUUGCAUCUAUGGAUGUAUUAAAGCAUACUGAAUGUUUGGACAAAUGUAUCAAACAUUCAAAAUGUGUUGCGGUCAAUUUCUUCGCACCUAUGACAUUUCAGGCAGGAUACAUAAAUGAAUUAUUAUUCCAGUUUUAA